CACCUUCAAAUUCUUGAUGGCAAGUUAGCCUCCUCUCUCUCUCUCUCGUCCAUCGCCGAAUCCAAAUCCCUAUCGCCCUCCGAUCGAUCUCCGAUUCCUCGUGUCCCCUCCCCGAUCGCCCUCGGCCACCGCCUCCGAUGGGAAGCAACGUUAGAGACAAAACGAUUCGUAGCGGCCGGAAGCCGCGACGCGCCGCCAAGCACCCUCCGGAGUCUGCCGCCAGGGCGAUCUCUCCAUCCGACCCUGUCCUCGACGCCCCUUCUUUCCCUCCCGAUUCCGCCUCUUCUCCCUCCGAUCCUGGCUUCGGUAUCCCUAACCAUAGCUCAAUCCCUGGCUAUGGCGAUGCGGGUUGGGGUUACUGCACGGAGGAGCAGCUGGAGGAGCUCCUCUUGACAAAUAUCGAUUUUUUGUACAAAGAGGCGCUCGCGCGGCUUGUCUCUCUCGGAUACGACGAGGACGCUGCGCUCCGAGCGAUCCUCUGCAACGGCCACUGUUAUGGGUCCAUGGACGUUCAAUCCAAUAUCCUCCACAACGCCAUCGCUCAUCUCAACUCGCCUCCGGCGUCCGCUGCUGCUGCAGCGCCUCUACAGGAUACCUCCACCACCCUCCCUGCCACUGCGAACGGGUUCACUGACCUCCGCCAUCUCCAGGAAUACUCUCUUGCCGGGAUGGUCUGUCUCCUCAGGCAGGUGCGCCCUUCUCUAACCCGCGGCGACGCCAUGUGGUGCCUUUUGAUGAGCGAUCUGCAUGUCGGUCGCGCCAGCACUAUUGAGAUCCCGACACUGCCACCGUCGACUACUACCUAUCCCUCUCCUACUCUGGCCCCACCCGCUGCUUGUCUCGCAGCCUCCAUCACCGGUGCUGAUGAGUUGACUCCUUAUAAUAUUUAUAAAACCUUUCCUGCAGAUGAUACCACGACACCUUCUGUUUGUCUUGACAACGUUGCUGCGGAUCCCAGGCGCUAUGAUUUUCCUCCUUCUAUGAAGUAUGCUAUGAGGAAGAAUGCUUCCGCUUUCCCUCCUGGUUCUGGAUUUCGCCCCUUUGUACGGCCACCAGGACGCCAAGGGGUCUCUGAUCCAUUCUCAGAGCAGUCACAUCCAAAGGGAGACAAUGCUGCUGCUCCUUCUGAUAUAAUGGGCAACGAUUCUCUCAAUGUUGGCAUUGUUGAUUUUGUCCUGAAUGCCUUGGACGGCAUGAGGCUAGAAGACAAUGGCACCGAGGACCCUAAGAAAGACAUGAUCAUGGAUGCCAUUCGCCAAAUUCGGGAGCUUGAGGUGCAGGUGAAGGACCGGACAGAGUGGGCUCAACAGAAGGCAUUGCAGGCCGCUCGCAAGAUGAACAAUGACCUUACUGAGCUGAGAAAUUUGAAGAUGGAAAAGGAGGAUAACCUGCGGUUGAAGAAGGGAAAGCAGGCAUUGGAGGAUACCACUAUGAAGCGAUUGACUGAAAUGGAGAACGGACUAAAGAAGGUGAGUGGGCAGGUAGACCGAACAAAUUCUGUGGUUCGGCGGCUGGAGACAGACAAUGCUGAAAUAAGAGCUGAGAUUGAAGCUUCCAACUUGAGUGCAUCAGAAUCUGCAAAGACUUGUGCAGAAGCGGCAAGGAGGGAAAAGAAAUGUAUUAAAAAGAUGAUGGCUUGGGAGAAGCAAAGAGAGAAGAUGCAAGAGGACAUUGCAGAAGAGAAGAAGAAGAUCAAGCAGAUGCAACAUCAAUGGGAGCAGGUCAAGGAUGCAACAAAGGGAUAUGAGGUGAAGUGGAAACAAGAGAUAAAGGCCAAAGAAGAAACAAUCACAUUGGUUGACGAUGAACGUAAAGCUAAAGAAGCAUCUAGGGUCAAUGCCAGCCGAAGACAAGAGGCACUGCGGCGAAAGAUUGAAAUAGAUUUUCAGCGCCACAAGGACGAUAUUCAGAGGCUCACAGAGGAACUUGCUCGUCUCCAGACUGCUGGAUUGAAUCUGCUCAUUUCUCCAUCGGCCAAUGCCAUAAAAACAACAGUUACAGAUGCCAAAUCUGUUAAAGAGCCCAAUGCCAAGCCACCCACUGGAUUUGGUAAACCACAAGACUCUCCCAAGAAACUAAAUCGCAACAGGGUGUGUGUCAUCUGUAAGAAGGAGAAGAACUCAGUCGUCCUUUUGCCUUGUUCCCAUCAGGUUCUUUGUGCAAAUUGCAACGAGAUGCACGAGAAGUUGAAUGGUUGUUGUCCUGGUUGCGAUGCCAGUAUCGAGGAGAGGGUACUGAUUUAUGGUGCAAGCUCCUAGAUCUAAUCUUGUGCUUCUAAUCAACAUCAAUGGCUUUAUGCAUAUAUAGACCCUUGGUUAUUUGGGUUUUCAAAUGGCCUUUUGUGCCUUGCUACAUGCUGAAUAAGAUCCCCAAACCUUGAUAAAUGAACAGGUAAAUAAAGAAAAAUGUACUGCAAUAUGAGGCAGUUUUGGUGGCUUAAUAGAUGUGCUAUUUGGAGUGUUCUAUACUAUUUGAGAGAAGAAAAUGAAAUUUGUGCAUUCUUAUAAUGCAUUUUCAAUGAUA